AACAACAACAACACCAGCAGCAGUGGUAGUCGCGGCUUUAGUGGACAGCCGACGAACAACAACAACAACAGCCAUCAUCUUGUCAACCACAACGCCUACCUUAAUCACCACCACCAGCAGCAGCAGCAGCUGAUCAACAGUAAAAUGAUGGCGGCUGCUACGAAUAACAACAACAACAAUAACAACAAUAAUGGUGGGGACAACUCCAGCUCCUCGACCAACUCCUCGCCGAGGCAACAAGGUCCAGGAAGUCCGCUUGGAGCAGGAGGAGGAGGAGGAGGUAUGGCCAUUCCGGGAGUUGCCUCUCCGGCGACGGUGGUCGUGGGAGUUUCUCCCUCUCAGCUGGCCUCGACGAUGGCCUUUGUCUCUGGUGCGAGCAGUGAACAGCAGCAGCAGCAGCAGCAACACUCGGCGGCGAUGCGCUUCUCCGGGCACACGCUGGACAAGGCGACCAAGGCGAAGGUCCACCUGGAAAAUUACUACAGCAACCUCAUUACGCAGCACAAGGAGAGGCGAAUCAGACACGAGCGACUGGAGGAGACGAUGCGUGAUGAGGGGCUGACAGAGGAGCAGAAACAAGAGAAGCGCAGUCAGCACGCGGCCAAGGAGACGGAGUUUCUCCGCCUCAAGCGAUCUCGCCUCGGCGUCGAGGACUUCAUGCCGCUGAAGGUCAUUGGGCGGGGCGCCUUUGGUGAAGUUCGUCUGGUGCAGAAGAACGACACCGGGCACGUCUACGCGAUGAAGAUCCUCCGCAAGGCGGACAUGCUGGAGAAGGAGCAGGUGGCCCACGUCCGGGCGGAGCGUGAUAUUCUCGUGGAGGCCGACCACCAGUGGGUGGUGAAGAUGUACUACAGCUUCCAGGACCCGAUCAACCUCUAUCUCAUUAUGGAGUUCCUACCAGGCGGCGACAUGAUGACGCUGCUGAUGAAGAAGGACACCCUCACCGAGGAGUGCACCCAGUUCUACAUUGCCGAGACGGCGCUGGCAAUUGACUCCAUCCACAAGCUGGGCUUCAUUCACCGUGAUAUCAAGCCGGACAAUCUGCUGCUCGACGCCAGGGGUCACAUCAAGCUGUCCGACUUUGGCCUCUGCACGGGGCUGAAAAAGUCCCAUCGAACGGAGUUCUACCGUGAUCUCUCGCAGGCGAAGCCCAGCGACUUUACCUCCAAUCCGAUGGACUCGAAGCGACGGGCGGAAAGUUGGAAGAAGAACCGCCGUCAGCUGGCCUACUCCACGGUGGGCACGCCUGACUACAUUGCCCCGGAGGUGUUUAAGCAGACGGGCUACGGCGCAAGUGCCGACUGGUGGUCGCUGGGGGUGAUCAUGUACGAGAUGCUCAUCGGCUACCCGCCCUUCUGCAGCGAGGCCCCCCAGGAAACCUACCGGAAGGUGAUGAACUGGCGCGAGACGCUGGUCUUUCCGCCGGAGAUUCCCAUCUCCAGCGAGUCUCGUGAUCUGGUGCUGCACUUCUGCACUGAGGAGCUGAAGCGCAUUGGCUCGCAUCGCGGCCUGGAGGAGAUCAAGGAGCACGCCUUCUUCAAGGGCGUCGACUGGGAGCACAUUCGCGAACGCCCGGCGGCCAUUCCGGUGGAGGUGAAGAGCAUCGACGACACCUCCAACUUUGAUGACUUCCCCGACGUGGAGCUGAAGAUUCCUUCCGCCUCUGCGAAGGAGGCCGCCGAGGCGAGCACCAAGGACUGGGUCUUCAUCAACUACACCUUCAAGCGCUUUGAGGGACUGACACAGAGGGGCGUGAAGCAGCCGAGGAAGAGCUGA